AUGGAUUGGGAAGAAUUCUUGGCACUCUUUUACAAGAAGUACUUUCCUGAUACUGUCAAGGAGGAGUUACAAAUGGAAUUCAUAAACUUGACACAAGGGACCAUGACCGUGAGGGAGUAUGAGGCACGGUUUGCUGAGUUGUCUCGUUUUGCAAACCCUCUGAGUGAGUUGCAACUAACCCAGAAGUUUCAAAGGGGUUUGAAUGCUUAUGUGAAGAAGAUGGGGACUGGUUUCCGCCAUACGAAAUUGGUGGAUGUGGUGGAGUGUGCAAACUCUAUUGAAGCAAAUAAUAAUGAGUUUAAGAAGAGUCUGGAUGUCAAGAGAGACGUCAAGGGGAAAGGAAAGGCACAAGCACAGAGUAGCACUAUUGGGAGUCAGGGAGGUGUUGGUAAGAAGCAGAGGAUGGGGUACCUGACUGUGAUAAAAAAUGAUGCACAUGCUAACAAGUCAUGGUAA